AUGGCGGAACAACAGCAGAAAUUACGCAUAGUCGUAGGCGGCGACGACGCCGGCUACGCCUACAAAACCGCCCUCACAACCCUCCUAAAAUCCCAUCCCGCCGUCGAAUCCGUCCACGACGUCGGCCCCCUCUCCUCCUCAGACAAAACAGCAUAUCCACAUUACGCCGUUGACGCGGCGAAGAAGAUUAAAGCUGGGGAGGCGGAUCGCGGUCUUUUAAUCUGUGGCACCGGCCUCGGCGUUGCCAUCGCAGCAAACAAAGUCACGGGUAUCCGCGCGGUGACGGCACAUGAUCCGUUUAGUGUGGAGCGCAGCGUGUUGAGUAAUGAUGCGCAGGUGUUGUGUCUUGGGGAGAGGGUUAUUGGGUUGGAAUUGGCGAAGAAGUUGGUUGAUGGGUGGGUGGGGUUGAGGUUUGAUCCUAACUGCGCGAGUGCAGAGAAAGUCAAGGCGAUUAACGACUACGACGAGGAAGCGAAUUAG